GUGUUUUAUAUUUCCUAUCUUCCUUUGCUUAAUAUUCCCUUACAAGCGGAGUACAUUUACAACCAUUCUAGUUUAGUAGCAGAUGUCCUAGUAAUUAAGACAAUCAUGGCUGAAGAAGAUAAGUAUAUCAACACAAGGACUAUAUUUUCAUAAUGUUAAUUAUAGAAAACAGCUACACGAUGCCAAAUAAAAAGAAUAUCUAGUACUAUGACACAGUAAUUACCAGCAAGUACCAACGAACUUUGACCUUUGAACUGCGCUCCUCUGUACGUCUUCCUAAGUUCUAUCAGUCAGUAAGAGCAACAUGGCGGGUAUAGAUUUUGGAGAUCGUGAGCUUUUUGCUCAGUUUGAGGAUGGACCGGUUCCUGUACACAUUCGAUUUGAUGAAACUGAAGAGAAUGGUGACGAUAAUGAGGAUUUACAGGAUAAGUUACAAGAAUGUGAGGAGACUAUGGCUCAUUUGAGAGCGGAGAAUCAAGAAUUGAAGAGGAAGCUGAAGCUAGUAUCGCAACCCAGUAGCCUUGUAGUUGAAGACUUCAAUGUAGAUGGCCCUCUGAUGCAAGUUUUAUUUAUGAACAACAGUAUAUCAAAGCAGUAUCAUCAUGAAAUUGAAGACUUCAUAAAUUAUUUAGUUUAUAAAUACAAAGAAGAGAAGCGAGAUAACCUAGAGUCUACAUCUUUUAAUGUAGAACCACAGCCAUCCAGUGUCUUGCUUGAAGAUGAUCACCGACAGAAUGUUUCAAGAGGAAUUAAAAAAAUAAAGGAAGCCUUUAACGUUGUUGGAAGUGUUCUGUAUUUUACCAGCUUCUGCCUUGAUAGAUUGGGUCAGCCUCUGUUGAAUGAGAAUCCUCAGCUGACAGAAGGAUGGGACGUUCCUAAUUACCAAUAGGUCUUUAGCAAAAUAGUUCCUAUGGUGGGCUCAGGCCUGUCAAUCAAACACAGGAGGCCCAAACCAAGUUGCUUCAACUGUGGAUCUGCUGAUCAUCAAUUAAGAGACUGUCCAGAGCCACGGAAUAAUGUUCGUAUUAAUGAAAAAAGGAAGGAGUUCAAUGACAUGGUUGGUGACUCGCCUAGUCAGAACACAAAUGUGCGUUACCAUGCAGAUGAAACUGAAGAGAGGUUUGGAAAGUUCAAGGCAGGAAUAGUAAGUGAUGAACUACAGAAAGCACUUGGUGUAACAAGGAAAGACCUUCCACCAUAUAUCUACCGCAUGAGGCAGUUAGGGUACCCACCUGGAUGGCUGAAGGAGGCCCAACUGGAGAACUCUGGACUGUCUUUAUAUCAUGGAAAUGAUGCAGGUGAUGGUGAAAUAGAAGGUAACGAUGAAUUGAACUCUCGCGAGAAACCUUUUAGUUAUGACUUGUCUAAACUGAUAGACUACCCAGGCUUCAAUAUAGACAUUCCAGGUGGAUCAUCUGACGAUUGGAGGAUGUUUGGUUCCAUUCCAAUGCAGAUGGUACAUCAGAAGGAAGUUUUUGCAAACUAUCUGGCUACUGCCUUUUCUGUGACAAGUCCACCAUUUAAUAACAAAAGAGCCUAUGAUGAGUUAAACCCCAGCUCUAAGAAAAAACAGAAGUUCACACCCAGUGAAGUGCCUGCCUCUGCAGUCGACAUGGACGUAGACUCUGGAGAUGCAGAGGAAGGGGAAAUACCACCAUUUAAAAAAAUGAAACUGGAACAUCAGACACAAAAGCAGGAUCCAGAGGCGCCUUAUAGAACCCCAGACUAUCAUCGUUUUAAUUUCCAACCACCACUGCCUCGUGGUUCACCAAUGUCAACCCCUCCUGCACUCCCACAGGGAACACCACCUGCCACUCCACCCAACUUCAUUCCACCUCCACCUCCAACACCCACACCACCACCCCUUCCUAAGGACACCCCACCUCUGACACCUUCCACUGGGUCUCCCAGACUUCACGAUAGGGAGUUUUCAAAGUCCAGGCCAGGACGGGAUCUUGGAGAUGAAGAUACACUAACUUUGGAGGAGCUGGAAGAGCAGCAGCGGUUGAUUUGGGCUGCACUGGAGCAGACAGACAGCGUAAACAGCGACUCUGAUGCCCCAGCUGAUACUCCAGUGACAGGGAGCUCUAUAGCCUCAUCGCCAACUAGAAAUGAUAUUGAGAUUCCAAAAGAAAGAGCAGGGUCAGAAAAGUUGUCUGGUAUCAAAAAAGAAGAUAGUGGCAAAGAAUUCUCUAGUAAGCAGCCCGUGGCUGCAGUUAGUUACACUACAGGGUCAGAUAAUGAGGCAAGCAGUGGACAGAGUAACCUUGAAAAUGAUGACUGUAGUGCCGAGCCUUCAAAGAAAAUUCCACAAUCUGUUCCUGACAUCAGUAAAUUUGCCACUGGUAUAACACCUUUUGAGUAUGAAAAUAUGUCUGAGGCAACUGGUGUUUAUUUAAGACUAAGAACCUUGCUGAAGAGUUCCCCAAGAAGCCAAAUGAAAAGACAAUCUUUGUAAAGAAUACCGAGUUAAAAUGUUCUCAGAUGUGAGUCCUGGUGUUCCACCUUGAUUUACUGGACCAACUUCAAUUUUCUUAGCAGUGUUCUUGUGCAUGGACCUCCAUUACAUAUAAGUUUGGAGGAUAAAGGAAAAGAAAUUCAUUGGAAGAGAAUUUGUUUUGGAAAUGUUUUUUUAUUCUAGAGCUGAAAUCGUGUUUGUCUUUUGUAUAUUAGUUUAGAUGUCUGGCUACAUACAUUGCAGAUGUACUUGGCAUUCAGUCUUUUAAAACAAAUUUGUAUUUUUAAAGGAAACAUUUUGCAUAAGUUCGGGUAAUUUGAUUUAGACCAGUCAGGGAUUUCAGGUAUGCGUGUUGGUCCUUGGAGGUAUUUCUUAAGCAGUUCAUAAUACUCAUUUUUAAUACCAUUCUAUCUUGUAUUAUAAUUCUUUACUAAACUUCCUGUACAGAAUUAUGCAAAAAUUUCAUGUACAGAAGUUUAAUAAAUGAUUUCUAUUGCAGUUAUGUUUUUAGGUGUUUUAUAAAGCGUAUAUGUAGCUGGACAAAUAAACCUGACAAAUGGAAGAGAACUGA